AGCAACACUGCUCCAAGUUUGUUCUAUGAGAACAUGUCUCACAACGUCGCCGGCCAAAUUUCAAUGUAAUCACACGUUCUGGCCAGGUGUUGGUCUCUUCAAGAACAUUCACGUUAGUCGCAUCGGCGUCAGCAGGAAAUCAUGACCAAGGAAGACAUCGUCAUUACCGGCAUCUCGGCAAGAUAUCCGCAAGCGGACAGCCUUUCGGAGUUAAAGGAGAAGCUCUUCGCGAGCGUUGACCUGGUCACCAACGAUGAUGCUCGUUGGCCCGCAGGAUUUCUCGGGAUACCCGAGAGAAAGGGAACCAUCAAGGACUUGUCACGGUUCGACGCGAGCUUCUUCGGAGUGCCGCCCAAGCAAGCGCAGCUCAUGGACCCUCAGCUUCGUUACCUGUUGGAGACCUCGUACGAAGCCAUCGUGGACGCCGGCUACGAUCCUGCGACGUUGCGAGGUCGCAAGAUUGGCGUCUUCGUCGGCUGCGGACUGUCCGAGACGCUCACCAUGUUUGCCACCGACUCGGCGACGAUCGACGGCUACAUCGUGACCGGAUCGGCGCUGCACAUGUUCUCAAACCGGGUCUCGUACUGCCUCGACUUUAGCGGACCAAGCCUCACAGUUGACUCGGCAUCCGCCUCGACCAUGCAAGCACUGAGCCUUGCCCUGCACUCCCUUCGCUCUGGUGAAUGCGAGGCCGCCAUCGUGGGGGGUUCAAACAUCAUGGUCAAUCCGUUGUCAACGCUGUGCGAGUUCCGCUUCGGCAUGCUGUCAGUGGACGGAAAGUGCAAGACCUUCAAUGCUAAUGCGGAUGGCUACGUGCGAAGUGAGACCAUCGGGGCGAUGUUUCUUCAGCCGGUUUCACAAGCACGCCGGAUCUACGCCAAGUUGAUCAACGCCAAGGCCAACUCAGACGGCUACAAGGUUGAAGGAAUCACCGUCCCUUCGAGCAAGAAGCAGGAGCAACUGCUUCGGGAAGUGUACUCCGAGGCCAACGUGGACCCGCUAACGGUCACCUACGUCGAGGCGCACGGCACCGGAACAACGGUGGGCGACCCCCAGGAGAUGGCGGCGCUCAGCAGGUUCUUCUGCGUGCCCGAACGCAAGAAACCGCUCAAAGUCGGGGCAGUAAAGAGCUGCGUGGGACACGCCGAAGCCGCAUCCUCAAUCGCCACAAUUUCGAAGGUCAUCAUUCUCAUGGAAACGGGCAUGAUCCCACCCAACCUGCACUUCACGGAACCCAACCCGACGAUACCAUGUCUUCACGACGGAAGCAUCGAGGUGGUCGCCGUUGCGACUCCCUUCGAUGGAGGCCCAGUGGGCAUCGACGCGUUUGGAUUCGGCGGUGCCAACGUUCACGCCAUUUUCGAAGCAAACCCGGGACCGCACGUGGACACCAUGGCUCGCGAAAAGCCCGGUCUUCCUCGGCUUGUUCUCAUGGCUGGAAGAACCAACGAGUCGCUCAAGAAAACUCUGGACAGGCUGGAAGUCGAAGGACCCUACCCUGACUCCGCCUAUGCCCUCUUGAACCGGGUUGGUCAGCCUGGCCUAAAACUGUUUCCACACCGCGGAUACGCCAUGGUUCCUGUUGACGGCUCUGGUAAACCCGUUACCAAGGUUGUCGGAGAGGUUACCCCAGCCAAGAGGCCGCUGUGGUUCGUUUUCUCCGGCAUGGGCUGCCAGUGGAACGGCAUGGCGAGGCAGAUGAUGGAGUUCGACGUGUUCGCCCACUCCAUUCGUGCAUCGCACGACCUUCUGGCCAAGAAUUUCGGCCUCGACCUCAUUGACCUGGUGACCAGCGAGAAACCGCGAGGCCAGGAGACCGUGGCAAGUGUCCUGGUUUCCAUUGUGGCGAUUCAGGUAGCGCUCGUCGACGUCAUUCGUGCUAUCGGUCUUCGGCCAGAUGGUAUCGUGGGUCACUCGCUUGGUGAAAUCUCCAGUGCUUACGCUGAUGAGGGACUCACCGCCGAGCAGGCCAUGCUGUGUGCCUACUGGCGGGGUCGAUGCACUGAUGUGACUAACCUUCCAAAAGGAGCCAUGGCUGCAGUCGGGUUAACUUGGGAGGAAGCGAAACGGCGUGGUCGCGACGGCGUCGAAGCGGCGUGCCACAAUGGCGAGGACUCCGUCACCGUAUCCGGACCGGCGGACGCCGUCGCAGAGCUCGUAAAAGAGCUACGGGCCGAGGAGUUGUUCGCCCGAGUCGUGAACACCAUGGACGUGGCCUUCCACAGUGCUCAAAUGCAGCGUGUCGGACCCGCUCUGUUGAAACAUUAUAAGGAGGUUAUACCCGAGCCAAAGACACGGGGAAACAGAUGGAUCAGUUCGUCCGUUCCGGAGAGCCGCUGGGGGCAGCCGAUCGCUCAACGCUGCUCCGCCGAGUACUUCGUCAACAACCUCGUCUCCCCGGUUCUCUUCUGCGAGGCGCUGCGACAUGUGCCCAAGGAUGCGAUAGUGGUCGAGUUCGCGCCUCACUGCCUGCUGCUGUCUAUCCUUCACCGUGAACUGGGUUCUGGUGCCUCCUGUCUCGGCCUCAUGAAGAAGGACGCGGACAACCACUCGUUCUUCCUGGGCUCGCUGGGCAAGCUUCACACUUUGGGAGUGCAGUUGGACCCGUCCGCUCUGUACCCAUCCGUACCCUGGCCACUGCCACGCGGAACGCCCAACAUUGGCCACCUGGUCAGUUGGGACCACACGCAGCAGUGGGCCGUCGCAUCGUGGAGAGAUGUUCCUACCCUUGUGGAGGGAAAGGAUGACAUUUUCAACAUUGACGUCCACGGAAACGAGGACAUUGCCUACCUGGCCGGGCAUCGACUCGCCGGCGAGGUGACGAUCCCGGUGGGUAUUCACCUUCUUCUUGCUUGGAAGUCCCUCAGCAGACGCCAUGGCAAGCCCGCCGAGGAGGUGCCCGUCGUCUUCGAGAACGUCAAGGUGCAUAGGAACGUCGUCUUGCCGGAGACUGGCACCGUGCGCCUUGUGGUGACCAUCAUGUACUCGUCCGGCGAGUUCGAAGUGUGCGAGGAAGGUACGGUGGCAGCGAGUGGUUCCAUUCGCAUUGACGAUGCUGGAGACCCGUCGAUCGACGCGGAUACACUUGCUGCCUCUGCCGAGAAAGUCGCCUUCGAUCUUGACUCUGAGGACGUGUACAAGGAACUGACUGUGCGCGGUUACGACUACCUGGGAGAUUUCCGGGGCAUCCUCAAGGCUGACGUGCGAGAACCGUGUGGAAAGCUUCGAUGGAAGAAGAACUGGGUCACCUUCGUCGACAGCGUGAUCCAGUUCGUCAUGUUCAGGAGCCCCGUUCGAGUGCUCAGAAUGCCUACGACCAUUGAGUUCCUUCGCUUCGACCCCUGCGUUCAUGCCGGAGUCCUUGAAAAGUCGGGCGACACAGGCGUGGAAGUCAUCUACAACAAAAUUACAGACACUUGCCACGCCGGCGGCGUCCUCAUUCGCGGAAUAUGCACAGACACAGUCUACAGCGAUGUCGAGGAACAGAAAGCAGUUGUGGAAGAGUACCAUUUCGUUCCCUACUUUGAUGACACAGACAGCAAGGACAAGAGAGAGUCCCUGACUCGUGAAUACGUCGAAGUCUGCUGCAGCGUUGCCAGGCGGGCCUUAGGCGACUGCUUCGAGGUCAAGUCUUUUGCUCGUGAGCUUAUGAACGACCUGCGCGACGUCCCCGAGCACGUGGUGAAACAAUAUCUCAAAGAGCGCCGCGAGGGCCACGGCCUUUUGCGGUUCCUUCACGACGUCCAGAAACAAGCAGAACGCCCAGGUACUUCUCUCUCGGCGUACGUUCAGUCGGCCAUGCCUACGCACAAGGAAGACUUGGAAGCCGACAUACUUAACACUGCCCUCUUUGAGGAAGACCCUCUGAGGUUUCUCCUUGACAUCGCGGUCGAAAACAGCAGCCCGAAAAGCUUCCAAAUACUCGAAUUGGCAGCCCAAGGUAGCGACUUGCUCCUGGUCACCUGGUUAGCGAAGUACAUUUCUGAAUACAGCCUGGUUCCAGCCACCCAAUACAUCGUAGCACAUCCGUCGCCAGAGAAAGUGUCGGGAAAGGUACCACAGGGUACCACGGUGAUGCCACUGGGCUCGGCGUCAUCCAAGAAGACACUACCCGAAGCGGACUUGAUUGUGACCCGAAGCGCCACGUGGGUCGACAAGAGUGGAGCCACGGACGUCGCCGAAGAACUGUACGCCGUCUGCAGGGAGAACGGUUUCGUGCUGCUCGCCCAGCGUGCGGCGCUGACGCCCGUUGAAUCGGUAAUCGGUGAAAUCGGAGGUCUCCGCCCCGCAGCUACGUCGGCAGACGAAGUACAAGCUCAGUUCUCGAAGCACGGGUUACGUCUAGUGGCUUUCAAAUCGAAUAACUUGUCUGCCCUCUAUCUGUUCAGGAAGCGUUCCAUGGCCCUCGAAGAAGUGAAGCAGGAAAUAGUGCCCGUUGACGGCGAAACCGGUGACUUGGUGGAUUCGGUCAAGCGGAAGGCACUGGACUACGAGUGGAAGCCGAGAGGGGAAAACAUGUGGCUGCUCGCGGAGGAAGCUGGAACAAGCGGCGUCAUUGGUUUGGCCAACUGUCUCCGGCACGAGUCCGGUGGAGGUCACAUUAGAUGUGUAUUGGAUGCUGGCUGUUCCGGAACCAGCAAGGUGGCUGACUUCAGCACGAGAAGGCCUGAAUACAAGGACGUCAUGGAAAAGGAUCUGGUCAUGAAUGUUUACCGCAAUGGACGAUGGGGCUCCUACCGGCACGUGGUUGCGAAAUCCUCUACAGCUAAGAACACGCGGUUUGCUGUUCUGAACGUGCGCAAACGAGGCGACCCAUCCAGCCUGACUUGGUACGAGUCCCCAGUGCCCUACAACACGCCGCCCGCUGCUAAGGGUGCCACUGGUCCAGUCAUGUGCGAUGUGCACUUUGCUGCGGUGAACAGUCGCGACGUGAGAUUCGCCACAGGGAAUCUGCUACCAGAGACAGUUGCAGGUGUGGCUGACAUGGCGAUUUCAGGUUCUAUGCUGGGGCAAGAGUUCUCCGGAACGGACCAAACAGGGCUACGGGUCAUGGGCCUCGUGACCGGCCAGGCUUUGGCGACCGUGGUUGCUGCAGACCCCGUUCUUCUGUGGGAAGUACCCGACACGUGGACCAUGACCGAAGCGUCCACCGUUCCUUUAUCCUACGCAACCGUUUACCAUGCUCUCUUGGUGCGGGGUAACAUGCGGCCGGGUGAAUCCGUCCUCGUGCACAGCGGAAGUGGAUGCUUGGGGCAGGCUGCCAUCGCCGUUGCUCUAUCCAUGGGCUGCAUCGUCUUCGCGAGCGUCGGUUCGGCGAGAGAGAAGCAGUUCCUGAAGGACCGUUUCCCUCAACUGGAAGAUGGGAACAUUGUAAACUACAAUGGCCUUUGCUUGGAAGAAUACAUCCUUGAUCCAACCAAAGGAAAAGGAGUGGACCUUGUUUUUCACAGUCUGCAAAGUGCAAAUAGAGACGUCAUCAUUCACUGUUUGGCUCCAAAUGGUCGCUAUCUUUUUCACGACGCCGUGGACAGCAGCUUCCCGUCCCUCCCACCUCAAGGACUUUCUUCAAAGCGCAAAGUCCUCAACGUCACUGUGAUCCGAACGGAUGCCCUGCACGCGAACGAUCCCAGCGCCGCGGAGGAGAAGUGGCGUGUUGCUGAGCUUGUUCGUGAGGGUAUCUCAUCGGGUGCCGUGAAGCCAUUGCCUGUGACAGUAUUUGCACGAGAGCAGGCUUCGCACGCAUUCACGCCAGAAGCCUGCGAAGCGAGCACCAACAAAGUCGUACUCCAGAUCCAGCUUGAGGGGAGCCACCAAACCGAGGACGGCAGUUCACCCUUCACGAUAGAAGCCAUCGCCCGCACGUACUUCUACACGCACAAAGCAUACGUCGUUGUUGGAGAGGCGAGCAGUGUUGCUCUGGAGUUGGUGGACUGGAUGGUGACCAGGGGCUGCCGGAAAGUGCUUCUCACCGGAGGACGAGGAAUGGUCACGGGCUAUCAACGUCUCUGUCUGCACCGGUGGCAAACGGCAGGUGCCUCAGUCGUCGUCAGCGAAGUCGACGUGUCCACGCCGCAAGGCGCUCUGCAGGUCAUAAAGGACGCCGAGGCCAUGGGCCCAGUUGGCGGCAUCUUCAACGUCUCACUGGUGAGCCAGCGCCCUUUUGGCACCUUGAGUCAUUCGCGAUAG